GCGUGCUCGCCGCCGCAUGCGUCGCGCAGGCGGGCUUCCCGUACCGCCGCACCUUUUUGUCGAUGCUCGACGACUUUCGCGACCUACUCACCCUCGAGGAGCAGCGCCUCGCCUGGGGCGGCUCGGCGGCGGAGCGAAAGGCGAUGGUGCGCAAGCUGCUGACGCAGGCGGGGUUCGCCGACGAGGACUACCAGCUGGGCCGCACGAUGGUCUUCGGCUCGGCGGGCCUCGAGGCGCAGUUCGCGGAGAGGGCACGCGAGCUGCGCGAGCGGCGCGAGGCGGACGAGCGGGCGCGGCAGCGGGAGGCGGAGGCGAUGUCCGCGGAGCAGAAGGCGAGGCUCGCCGAGAUGGAGCGCGAGCGCGAGGAGGCGCACGCGGCGAUGCUCGCCGCGGCGGAGGCGGCGACGGUCGACGCGGAGAAGCGGAGGCUGGAGGCGGAGGCGGAGGCGCGGGCAAAGGAUGCGGAGCUGGAGGCGACGCGCGCGGCGAUGCAGCAGGAGCUCGAGGAGCGGCGGGCCGCGGCGGACGCAGCCGAGGCGCAACGCGCUGCCGACGAGGCGGCGCUGGAGGAGGCGCGGAGGGAGGAGGAGGCGAGGCUGCUCGAGGCGGCGCAGCGGCAGCGGGCGGCGGAGGAACAGGCGCGCGCCCUCGCCGAGAAGGCGGCGAGGGCGCAGGAGGAAGUCGGCGAGGCCUUCUCCGCAAUGGCGGCGGCCAAGGCCGUGGCGGAGGCGCAGGCGGCGGCGGCGGCGGCGGCGCGGGCUGCAGCAGACAAGGCGCGCGAGGGGGAGGAGGCGUCCAAGGAGGAGUCGCGCCGAGAGAGGGAGGCGCGGGAGAGGUCGGAGGCGGCGCUGGCGAGCACCGAGAAGAGGCUGCAGGACGCGUCCCACCGCGCUCUCGCCGCCAUGGAGGCGUCCCGCGAGGAGGCGCGCCGGCUGACGGCGGAGCGGGAGAAGGCGGAGGAGGAGCUGCGCUGCGACGGCGUGGCGCGGCUGGAGCGGCUGCAGGCGGAGCAUCGGGCGGAGGUCGAGCUGCUGCGUGCCGCCCUCACGACCGAGGCGGAGCAGCGGGCAGAGGCGCUCGAGCAGCGGCGGCGGGCGGAGGUGGCGGAGGCGGAGCGUCUCGCUCAGGAGUGGAGGGCGCGGUGCGAGGGGCUGGAGGCGGAGGCGGCGGAGAAGGAGGAGAAGCUCGAGGCGGCGCUGCUGCUCGAGAUGGGGCAGCGGGAGGAGCUGGAGCGGCAGAACCAGGUGAUGCUCGACGAGCUCUCCAACUACGAGCUGCUCGGCCGGAGGCACACGCACGAGGUGCGCAUGUUCGAGGGGGAGGUGGAGCUGGCGAGGGACGAGCUGCGUGAGGCGCAGCGGCAGAACGAGCAGCUGCAGCAGGGGUCCGCGGGGAUGGAGGAGCUGCUGCAGCGACUCGCGAGGGCGGAGAUCGACUUCCACUCCCGCCGCCUCGAGGCGCCCCCCGCCGAGCAGACGACGCGGCAGGCCAAGGCGACGCACGAUCUGUGGAACCGUCGCGGGCGCGAGACGAACCCGGGCGUGAUGGAGGGCGGGCUGACGGUGGAGGGGCGCGCGCUGACCCGCGUGGCGUGGCUGUACUUCCGACAGGCGUCCGAGGUGUUGCGCCAGCGGCGCGCUGCGGCCGAGGCGAGCACACGGCGGGCCUCGGGCCUGGGCAGCGGCGGCGGGCCGAACCUGGAGCUGCUCCGGCUCGAGUACCAGUCGCUCGUCUCGGCGGCAAACAUGACGCGCAAGCUCGACGAGGAGGCUGCUGUCGCCGAGUACUCCGAGAUCCAGACGAGCGCGGUGCUGCUCGAGCACGCGGGGGCGGACGAGGGGCUGCGCAAGGUGCUCUCCGAGGCGCGUCGCCACCUCGCCAAGGCCGAGGAGAUGCAGCGCGAGGCGCAGGCGAGGCACACUCUCGCGCACUCUCUGCCGUCGGCGCCGAGCAGCCGCGCGCUCCGUGCGAGCUCGGUGGCGGAGCCGAGGCUGCCCGGCCCCCUCUCGCUCACCCUCUCGCCGCUCCGCCCCGGCGCCAUCGGCCUGGCGCACGAGGCGGGCAAGGCGUCGUACCGGGUCGGCCUCGAGAGCGCCGCCCUCUCUCGCGUGGCGGAGCACGGCCUCGCCGCUUUCGGCCGCAUCACGCCGCUCCACCCCGUGGCGGCGGGCGAAGGCGCGUGGGCUGCCGCCGCGCCUGCAGAGGCGACGCUCUUCGCGUGGGCCUUCCCUCUCGCCGGCGCCCGCGGCACCGGACUGGUGCCUCAGUCAGACGAGGAGCGUUUCGUCGUCUUCGGCGGCUUUGUCUACUUUGACGGCCUCUCGCGCGUCUGCGGCGUCCGCGCCGCCUCCCCGGGGGUCGGGCUCGCCUUCGACGGGCCGAACUCGCUGCUCGACGAGCUGAGCCAUGGCGCGCGGGUGCGCGAGGUGCUGCUCGAGCGCGGGCUGUGCAACCCCGCCUCGCUGCCGUCUCUCCGCGACUGCGGCGUCGACGAGCACUGGUGGCUCGCGCCGGGCCAGCAGAUCGCCGACGAGGACGGGUCCGCCUGGCCGCACGGCGCGUUCGUCUGCCUGUACGCGGAGCCGUCUGCGCACCUCGACUGCUUCUUCGCGUGCCGUCCUCCUAGCUGAUGGUGAUGCGUCUGUGAGAUGAGUAUUACGCAGGACGCAGGUAUGAAACAUCUCUGUGAAAACAUGUCUAG